AAGGACACGCAUGCCGCCUCUGUCAGGAGUUGGGCUGACGAGGCUAAGGAAGAAGAAAGGACCAGGGCUGCGCUGCAAGCUCUUCAUAGCAGCAGUGAUAGGCCUUCAGAUCUUUGUUUUCGUCUACGUUCGACAUCUAUCUACACGUCGUCAGCAGUCUGUCCACCAGCAGAGCUCGGAUGAAGCCCCGCGAGGAGAACGACAGGAAGCUGAGUUCGAUGAGAGGCGCUAUGCUGGUUUGCAAGGAGAUGAAAUGAAGAUUUUUGAUCUGCACAGGAAACUCCAGCGGCAGUGCGGGCACAGGGGCAUUCCCGCAGGAGACGUGCAUCACAUGGACGGGAGGAAGGGACCGACGAAGGAAGUGCAUGGCCUCCUUCAGGAACUAGAGCAGGCGUACGAGCGAGUGAGGAGCAGGAGCGAGCUUGCAAGCUUCCGGCAGCCGCAGACGCAGAGGAGGAAGGCAGUGUGGAGGGACUUUGAAUUCUCCUGCUUCUCUCAGUGUGGGGACGACGGGCUCUUGUACCGCAUCUUCGGCCUGAUAGGCUGGGGGAGCAGACGAUCAGUGGAGAUCGGCUACUUCCCGCACGAGGCAAACUCGGUCAACCUGAUCGUCAACGCCCGUUUCUCGGGUCUUCUACUGGACGGCAACACAGACCCUCUGAUCACGGAGUCCUGGUACUCGCCACUGGACAGGUAUCUUGAGAUCGUCAAGGAAGACCACAAGAAGAGCUAUGACUCGAGGACUUUCAAGCAGCCGAGCGAGCAGGACUUGCAGAGGCACUGUGCUCCUUUCUGCCUCGAGUCUUGCUACAACGUUCAUUGCAAGCAGAGCCCAAUCCAGAUGAAGAUGCCUGAGUUCAGAAAAACACUUGUCACGAAAGAUAACCUCGACUCGCUCAUCACAACUGCGUUCGGCUCAGCAGACGUCAAGCAAGACAUCGACUUCUUCAGCACCAACAGCAUCGACAUCGACGGCAUGGACUACUACAUCCUGAGCAACCUCCUGGAGAUCGGGUACAGAUACGAUAACCUCUAA